AUGGCGAACAAAUGCAACCCCUAUACCAGCGCCGGUGCCGGUGCCGCGUGGAAUGAAUGGCAGACGAACAAAUACCCACAUGAUCCGGUCGAGAAGGGACGCCUAACACUGACCGAUGCUUCCGAAUGCCAGCAUUUCGAUCCAACUCCCACCGAGGUCAGGCCUGGCCCACCAAAGCGAAGAGCCUUCGCCGAAGCCACCCCUGAGAACCGUCCAAGAAAACGACUCAGCACUGAUGCUGUCCGUAUGCUGGUGUCGUCGUUGAACAGCACCAAGGAGGAACGUGCCCGGCAAGAAAAACCUCUUAAUGCCACCAAAAAGUCAACGGCGGCCGUUGCCCAAGAAGAGAGGCCCGACGAGGUGUGCUCUGGAUCUGUUGUGUCAGAUAUCUAUGAUGGGUACCAGACAGAUGGUGGUGUUCGGCUCGAAAGUGCCUGUUCUACCAGGCCCGGCGACAUGACUCCUCCCGAACCCGACCGAGACACGACGCAGCCGCGUGUGCAACCAAACGAUGCAGGUCGCGCAAGACAACGAAACAUCUUUCUAGCCUCUAUCAGGCCCAUAGAAGCGGAGAAGCAAAAGCCACUAUCGCCGCCCGUGUCGCCCCGAACGUCAGCGUCGUCGUGGAGCCCAGAACCAGAGCAUUUCCGCUUCGCUUCUGGCGAGUACAUGGGCCGUACCAUUGGCGAGGUAUCCGGUGAAUACCUCAUCAGACUCAAGCAAAACGGCGAAUGGGAACUUCACGGCGGCAUAGACCAGGCUUAUGAAGAUUUCCAAAAGGAAUUGGUGGGUAAGGUUGAGCCCAGGCCUGAGCCACGUCGACGAGAGCGUGAUGCUGCGCUCCUGCAACCCAUGUCUUGGCGCGUGCCGCAGUCAUCCAAAAUCUACGCUGGCUGGCGCUUCCGAGAUCUCCCCAAAAAUUUUCUGCUUUUUCUCUCGCACGACUUGUCACAGGGCCGAAAGCUUGAUGGCGAGUGGGCGCCUCUGGUGGCCGCGUUUGAAUAUUGGUACCCGAAAAUGCUGCCCGGUGACAGAUGGAGGGAACAACAAGUGGCUGCAAAACGGCCUGCUUCAGACGCCCAACAGCCACCGCCGUCGACUGCUUCCAUUGCCGAACAGAUGGAAGAUGCCUGGCUGCGUUCUGCCUUUUCCAUGAACGCAGAAGACUUUACUUUUCCGCCCUCAUCCGCCUUCGCUUACAGGCGGGUCGACCAGCUGGUUGAAAAGGAGAGGAAUAACUUGGUGAAUCAAUGGGAGACGAAUACAUUGCGUUCCAUGUUGAGCAUAAAAGACUUUGAGGACUGCGAAAAGGCCAUGAGGGCCGAGAAACUCAUUGCUUAG